AUGAGCAUUACCCUCGCCCGGGCAAUGUGGCAAGAGCGCGGAGGUGCAGGCAAGAGCGCGGAGCCGGCCAAAGAAGUUCGCCAUCGCCAACAACAUCCAGUGCGCCUGGCAACACUUAACGUUGGAACGCUUAGCGGGGGAAGUCGUAAACUGGCAGACAGUCUCAGAAAACUCCGUGUUGACAUAUGCUGUGAACAGGAGAUUCGCCGGAAAGGCUCCAAGUCAAGGGAAUCAGGCGAUGACUACAAGCUCAUCUACCAUGGCAGAAUGAAUCGAAUCGCAAUGGCGUUGGUCUUGUAUCGAAAGAGACGUUUAGAAACAGCGUCACAUCGGUGGAUCGACUAUCGGAUCGCCUGA